AUGGCCCGCUCCCUCAAACCCACGAGGAAGCUGCGUGUGACGACGCGAACCUCUCCAGCCAAGGCUCCCAGCUUCAAUGUCGGGAAUCGAUGGGGCUCCAGACUUCCAGACCUUGGCAAUGGUGAGGCGGACCGCAGUACAGACACGAUGGGCUGGCGCGGUCAGAGCUGUCCAAGGCUCCGGUCUUUAGUCGACGAGUUCUCCGCAGCCUCGGACCGCAGGAACGAGUGGAAAAUCACGCUGCGGUCAAAACAAGACGCUGUCAUGAACUCGGCGAGCAUUUUCUCUGAAAAGCAUUUUUACAGAUCACAGCGUAUCAUUCGAUGUUCCGUGGAUCUUCCAGACAUCAAAACGAGGAGCGACCCCCAACGAACCAACCGUCAACAAGCAACGCGUCGGCCGUGGGCGCUCGCCAUUCCUCUGGUGCUUUGCCUGGUGUUUUUCAUAAGCGCCAUCGCAGUGACCGUGAAAUUCGUCCAGCUCACCAGAGAAUACUCCGAGCAGAACAGCAGUCUGUCUGAGACGAUCCAGAACCUUCUAAAGGAGAAGGCGCUGAGCCGAGGCGAGUCCCAGAAGCAGCUCCAGGCGCUGGAGGAGGGUCUGGGGAGCGCCAACCGCAGCCUACGGCAAUGUCACCGGGCCCAGGAGGAGACUGCGGAGAACGUGCGCGGCCUCAGGGAGCGGCUGGACGAAGCGCAGCGAGACGCAGCCGAGACGCAGCGGGAACUGGGAGACGCGCGCUCACAACUACAAGCGCUCCGCGAGGGUCUCUGCCCCACAGACUGGAUCUUUUAUAACAUGAAAUGCUAUUUUAUUUCUAAAGCAAGAAAUUCUUGGUACCCCAGUAAAAGCCAUUGUGAAUCUUUGCAGUCCGCGCUUGUUACGGUGCGACAGGAUGAUACCAACCUCCAGGCAUUUCUGGCGGCCCGUCAGAACAUUACGUUCUGGGUCGGGAAGGAGAUCUAUUUGAAAGAAGACAUAUUUUCACCGAUUGUUGAGUGGAGGUGGCCUGCAGGAUACAGAAUAUACAAAAACCAGUGCGGCGUAUUCCGCGACGGGCAGCUGGCGGCUGAUGAGUGCCGGGAGAGUCGUCCGUACAUCUGUGAAAGGAGUUUAGUGCUUCUAGGCCUCAAGCCUCAAGAUAAAAAUCCACAAUACAAAAUGAGUGUCAACGACGUAAAGUUUAACUGUUACCAGUGCGCCUGGUGCUGAGCGUCAAGAAGAGCUGGAGAGUACAAGGAUGAUUAAAGAAUAAACACCAAAACAUGGUGAUCCCAUAGCCCAGGACUUCAUGCAAAUUUCUAGAAAGUUCUGCCAAUACAGGCGGUCCGGAGUGAAUGAAUGUCCGUGUAAAGACUGGUGGAGCAGAAGCCACGCGGUCCGCGUUCCACAGAGAGAAACAAACAAACAAACAAGAA